CCGGGACGGUCCAGGGCUGCGGCCCGAGGGGCGGGCGCGGGGCCUGCUGCCGUCCCCGCCGCCCGCUCCGCCCCGCCCCUCCCCCCAGCGGUCGGCGGUCCGUGAGGCGAGCGCGGGAGGACGCGGAGGCGGCGGCGGCUGUAACCGCGCGGCGCAGCGGAGCGCGCCCAGACACUGGUGGCGGCGCUGCAGUCGCGGGAGCCGGGCGGAGCAGUCCGCGGGUCACAUGUCCAUUGGUAAUCAUGAGCAACCCAUUCACAUACAUUGCUGAGCCGCUGGAUCCUGUACAACCAGGAAAGAAAUUCUUCAAUUUGAAUAAAUUAGGAGACCCAAGAUAUGGAUGCUUACCAUUUUCUAUCAGAGUUCUCUUGGAGGCAGCCAUUCGGAGCUGUGAUGAGUUUUUGGUGAAGAAAAAUGACGUUGAGAACAUCCUGAAUUGGAAUGUCAUGCAGCAUAAGAACAUAGAAGUACCAUUUAAGCCUGCCCGUGUCAUCCUGCAGGACUUUACGGGUGUGCCAGCUGUGGUUGACUUUGCUGCAAUGCGUGAUGCUGUGAAAAAGUUAGGAGGUGAUCCAGAGAAAAUAAACCCUGUCUGUCCUGUUGAUCUUGUAAUUGAUCAUUCCAUCCAGGUUGAUUUCAGUAGAAGGGCAGACAGUUUACAGAAGAAUCAAGACCUGGAGUUUGAAAGAAAUAGAGAACGAUUUGAAUUUUUAAAGUGGGGUUCCCAGGCUUUUCGCAACAUGCGGAUUAUUCCCCCUGGCUCGGGAAUCAUCCACCAGGUGAAUCUGGAGUACUUGGCCAGAGUGGUAUUUGAUCAGGAUGGAUAUUAUUAUCCUGACAGCCUAGUGGGCACGGAUUCGCACACGACCAUGAUCGAUGGACUGGGCAUUCUUGGUUGGGGUGUGGGUGGCAUCGAAGCAGAAGCUGUCAUGCUGGGUCAGCCCAUCAGCAUGGUGCUUCCCCAGGUGAUUGGCUACAGGCUGUUGGGAAAUCCCCACCCUCUGGUAACAUCCACUGACAUCGUGCUCACCAUCACCAAGCACCUCCGCCAGAUUGGGGUAGUAGGCAAAUUUGUCGAGUUCUUUGGGCCAGGGGUAGCCCAGCUGUCCAUUGCUGACCGAGCUACGAUUGCCAACAUGUGUCCAGAAUAUGGAGCAACUGCUGCCUUUUUCCCAGUUGAUGAAAUUAGUAUCAAGUACCUGUUGCAGACAGGUCGUGAUGAAGAAAAAGUUAAGAAUAUUAAAAAAUAUCUUCAGGCUGUUGGAAUGUUUCGAGAUUUCAGUGACUCUUCUCAAGACCCAGACUUUACCCAGGUUGUGGAAUUAGAUUUGAAAACUGUAGUCCCUUGCUGCAGUGGACCUAAAAGGCCUCAGGACAAAAUUGCAGUGUCUGACAUGAAAAAGGACUUUGAGAGCUGCCUUGGAGCCAAGCAAGGGUUUAAAGGAUUCCAGGUUGCUCCAGACCAUCAUGAUGAUCAUAAGACGUUUAUCUAUAAUAACAGUGAAUUCACCCUUGCUCAUGGUUCUGUGGUAAUUGCUGCCAUUACUAGCUGCACAAACACCAGUAAUCCCUCUGUGAUGUUAGGAGCAGGAUUGUUAGCAAAGAAAGCUGUGGCUGCUGGCCUGAAUGUGAAGCCUUACAUCAAAACAAGCCUGUCCCCUGGAAGUGGUGUGGUCACCUACUACCUACGAGAAAGUGGAGUCAUGCCAUACCUGUCUCAGCUUGGGUUUGACGUUGUGGGCUACGGCUGCAUGACCUGCAUCGGCAAUAGUGGGCCCUUACCAGAACCCGUGGUAGAAACCAUCACACAGGGAGAACUUGUAGCCGUGGGGGUACUGUCUGGGAACAGGAAUUUUGAAGGUCGAGUCCACCCCAACACACGGGCCAACUAUUUAGCCUCUCCUCCCUUAGUGAUAGCAUAUAUUGCGAUUGCUGGGACCAUCAGGAUCAACUUUGAGAAAGAGCCAUUGGGGGUAAAUGCAAAGGGACAACAGGUAUUUCUGAAAGACAUCUGGCCGACUAGAGAUGAGAUCCAGGCGGUGGAGCAUAAAUAUGUCAUCCCUGGGAUGUUUAAGGAGGUCUAUCAGAAAAUAGAGACCGUGAAUGAAAGCUGGAAUGCUUUAGUGACCCCAUCAGAUAUGCUGUAUUACUGGAAUCCCAAAUCUACAUACAUUAAAUCACCACCAUUCUUUGAAAACCUGACUUUGGAUCUUCAACCCGUUAAAUCUAUAGUGGAUGCGUAUGUGCUCUUAAAUUUGGGAGAUUCAGUGACAACUGACCACAUCUCCCCAGCUGGAAAUAUUGCAAGAAACAGCCCUGCUGCUCGCUACUUAACUAACAGAGGCCUGACCCCACGAGAGUUCAACUCCUACGGCUCCCGUCGAGGGAACGACGCCAUCAUGGCACGGGGAACAUUUGCCAACAUUCGCUUGUUAAACAAAUUUUUGAAGAAGCAAGCGCCACAGACUAUACAUCUGCCUUCCGGAGAAAUUCUUGAUGUGUUUGAUGCCGCUGAGCGGUACCAGCAGGCAGGCCUUCCCCUGAUCGUUCUGGCCGGGAGAGAGUACGGUGCAGGCAGCUCCCGUGACUGGGCAGCCAAGGGCCCUUUCCUGCUGGGAAUCAAAGCUGUCCUGGCUGAGAGUUACGAGCGCAUUCACCGAAGUAACCUGGUUGGAAUGGGGGUGAUCCCUCUCGAAUACCUCCCUGGGGAGAAUGCAGAAACACUGGGACUCACUGGACAGGAGCGAUACACUAUCAUCAUUCCAGAAAAUCUCAAACCACAAAUGAAAGUUCAGGUCAAGCUGGACACUGGGAAGACCUUCCAGGCUGUCAUGAGGUUUGACACCGACGUGGAGCUCACUUACUUCCACAACGGGGGCAUCCUCAACUACAUGAUCCGCAAGAUGGCCAAGUAGGCACUCGCCUCAGGAGACCCACGGAUCAUGCUGCACCCAAGGAGACAUCACGCCACCGGCCAGCUGAGCCUCCCGGGGGAGAACCAUCCCUCCCGCAUCCACACAGGGUGCUGACUUGCCGAUGGAGCAAGUGAGCACUGGGGUUUUUUUGCUCUUCCUCCAGGCACAAAAUCAGAAAUUUCUACAUUCUCUAUUUUUGUUAAUCUUUUUAUCUUUUCUAGAAUUUGGAGCUAGAAUGAUGAAAAUGUCAGUAGUCCCAGAAAGAGAGAACUGAGCUCCUCUUUAAAGUUACUGAUCACAGGAUGUUGAUUUUCACUCUUGGCCUGUUAGUGUUCUAUUGAACACAAGUCUUUUUGGAAGGGAUCUCCUACCCUUUUAAUGUAUUCCCUGCUACUUUCAAUGGACUCUUUCCAUUGAAAUUCAUUUUCCUUUGCAUAUCAUACCAGUGUUAACUGACCUAAGAACUUUUUCACACCCCAAAUCAUCAUAGUCAUUGUGAUUCUCCAUCCUCCCCCUUUUCCUUCAAAGGGAAUGAUCUGAACACCUCAUGGACAGGUCUAAAGUGAAAUUAUUUGAUUAUGUGCCUUUUUGAUAGAGGAACACAAAAAGAAAUGUGAAGUUUUCCUAUCUUCAAAAAUUUUCCCCAGAUAAUUUUGCAUCUGUCAAGAUGAGACCUUUAUUUGAAGAUGGUUUGGGAAGGAGACACAGAACAUUUCUAAAAGAUUAAAUCUAUUUUCAAGGAAAA